UGCUUUGUGCACCCCUGCCGUCAUUGAGACGUCUGUCAAGUGGGCUGUAACUCCGACGUAGGUCCUUAGGUAGUGUUAACUGUUUUCGCCUUGAGUUCUUGAGUUGUUUGUCUGCUUUCUUCAUCCUCUGUUUCUAUACAACUCUCCUAUUGGCAUUUCCGUCAAGGUAGCAUUCUUUUCAUAUACCCCUCACAACUUACAGUCGCGCCCGCUUCCAAGGUGCACUCGGAAUAUAGACCAAGCCCACGACGACACCGAUCGUUGUUCUCAAAGCAAUAUGUCCUCACUGUGGGGCACGAGAAACAAGAAGGACGAUGACGAUGCUCCGGAGGGACCUCCCGAGGAACGGGGGUCAAACGAGUAUCCGGCGCGGGGACCCGACGAACACACCCGCCUGCUUCCGAACCGACUCGACAGCGACAACAGGCAGUACCUGACGCCUGACGAUCCAGCAGUGUCACCGUACAAUCUCUGGACGGUGCGGGUGAUGCGAUGGGCGACGGUGCUUUUCACAGCCCUUACUUUUACGUGGUGGACUCUCACUUUGGUUUCCGUUUUUGUCACGCCGCCUGGCAUGCACACUCGCGGCUCGGGCUUCCAAGCCUUCAGCUAUUCGAGUCUGGCACUCUUUACCCUAUUGUUCACCCUCGUCUUCUUCGGUGUACCGUCUAAGGCUGUCCGCAUUUUGUCUAUCUUCAUGGCCUUCAUGCUCUUUGUCGAUAUGGUUCUCAUCCUCGCCGUGCAGAAGAAUCGCUACGAAGAGACGGGCGUCGGGGUUGCUAGUGUCGUUUGGGCUUUCCUCAUGAGCUUGUGGGCACUGGCUUGCGACCGAACCGUGAAAUGGGGCAAGGCAGAAGAAGAGGAGCGCUUGACCGGCCGAGUCGAGACGAGACGUACGGUCUGGGAAUGGACCGAGGUGCUCAUCUCCACCGUGGCCUAUGUGAUCCUCUCCGUGGUCAUCGUUUUGAUCACGGCCACUCUCAUUCUCCGAUCUCUGGAUGCUGGGUUUGGCCCGCCGGGUGAGCAGUACUGGGUGGACGGAGACCAGUACCGGAUCCAUGUUUACUGCGACGGUAAUGGCACCGAUGCCGCAGGCACCAAGCUACCUACUGUUUUGUUUGAGGGCGGCGACCUGCCAGUUGAGAACGGACUCUGGCAGUUGGCGCAAAAUGCUUUGAAGAAUGGAUCGAUUUCGAGGUACUGCUUUGCCGACCGCCCAGGGUACGGAUGGAGCGACACUGCGCCUAGUCCGCUCUCGGCCGGCAUGGCAACUGAUGCGUUGAGCGAGGCUCUCGCACGAGCCGGCGAACACGGUCCUUGGGUCCUGGCGAGCGCCGGCAUUGGCUCCGUCUACUCCCAGAUCUUCUCCUCUCGACAUGGCAGAGAGGUUAACGGUCUCCUCCUCAUUGAUCCUCUUCACGAAGACCUCCUACAUCGUAUCUCGGACUCAGGCAGAGGGUUUAUGUACUGGCUGCGCGGCGUUCUUUCCCCUCUCGGGCUUGAACAUCUGCCAGGCGCCGUUUUCAAAGGGCGAACGAGCGCGGAUCGUGUCUGGGGCCGAUCUGCCAGACAGGGCGGAAAGUAUCUUUUCACAAAGUUGCAGGAAAGUCUUGUGGCCGAUACUCUCACCAAGCGAGAGGUGAUCAGUAGCAAGGCGAUUCAAUACCCAGAUGCGCCUCUGGUCUUGAUUAGCUCUGGCGAAAACAUCCGGAAGGAUAGCGAAUGGGAGGACAAGCAGAGAGAUCUCAGUCAUUUGACGAGGAACUUGAAGCAUUGGGAUAUUGUCGACAAGGCGCCUCAUAAUGUGUGGGAGACACUGGAAGGACGCCAGAAGAUCGAAAAGAGGCUUCGCCAGAUGGUCCAUGCAUGAAGAGCAAGUAGCCAUUGCUAACUUCAUUGUAUUUCACACCCGAUUAUCUAUUUUCCUAUUGUCUUCUUCCUCUUCAUUCUUGUGUCCCUCAUGUCGAUUGGUUGGUUGCAUACGGAUGAUAGGUGGAUUUUCUUGGGUCAGUUUGAUCGCAGCGUGUUUGAUGGGUAAUUAGGAAAGGAAAUGAUGAGAGCGAUAUGACUUUAAGAAACUUUUGACCU